AUGGGACGUCAGGCUCGUGCGCACAUCGCGACGGGCUGGUCGCGUGGCCAGGUAGCGGAGGCGUGCGUCCCCGUCGGCACGUCCGCGGCGACUGGCAGCGGCCCGCUCCUCGCGGCUCUGGGUUCGCGGCGGAACUUUAAAACCGCGCUUUUUCACGGCCUCCCUAUAUUGGGUGCCAAACUCGUUCCCGCGCGAGCCAUCGACGAAUAUCGCGGUUCGCGGUUCGCGAUUCGACGGCCGUUGACCGUUAACCCGUCAGUGCGACGCGACCGUCGACGCUACCGAUUAAUC